GGCGGACCCCAGAGCAUGGAGCACAUCCGUGACAGCGAUGGCAGUUCCAGCAGCAGCCACCAGAACCUCAAGAGCACAGCCAAGUGGGCCACCUCCCUGGAGAGUCUACUGGAAGACCCGGAAGGCGUGAAGAGAUUUAGGGAAUUUUUGAAAAAGGAAUUCAGUGAAGAAAAUGUCCUGUUUUGGCUAGCAUGUGAAGAGUUUAAGAAAAUGGAAGAUAAGAAGCAGAUGCAGGAAAAGGCCAAGGAGAUCUACAUGACCUUCCUGUCCAAUAAGGCCUCGUCCCAGGUCAACGUGGAAGGACAGUCUCGGCUCAAUGAGAAGAUUCUGGAAGAACCACACCCUCUGAUGUUCCAGAAACUUCAGGACCAGAUCUUCAAUCUCAUGAAGUACGACAGCUACAGCCGCUUUUUAAAGUCUGACUUGUUUUUGAAACACAAACGAACCGAGGAAGAGGAAGAAGAGACGUCCGAUGCUCAAACUGCAGCGAAGCGAGCUUCCAGAAUUUACAACACAUGAGCACCCCCAAGACCAGGACUGCUGCCUCUGCCUACGGGGAAAGGGGCCCCCUCUCACGACUGUGGGGGUUCUCAUUGCUUUGUCAUGUGCUAGGACUGAAAUAUACAGAACCCUUUCUGGGAUAUGUAUAUUUUAUUAACUGCUUGACCAGUAAGUUUUGCAUGAUGGCUAAUCUUACAUAAAAAAAAAAAAAA